GGCUAUGUAACACGACAGAGUAACGCGCACAAUCUAAACGGAAAGUGAAGAAGGCGGUUCUGGGAACGCUGUUGUCGUGAACUGAAGUCCCGCCCACGGCAGCUGGAGGACAGAACUGACUGAGAGCCGCAGCCACAAGGACAUGCCACAGCGUCCGCUAGAAUCUUCAGCUGUAGACGGAGAACGCGCCUUCAGUCCAUUUAAAGGAGUAUGAUUCCCGUGACCGAAUUCCGGCAGUUCACGGAACAGCAGCCAGCGUUCCGGGUUCUGAAGCCAUGGUGGGAUGUGUUCACAGACUACCUCUCUGUGGUCAUGCUCAUGAUAGGUGUGUUUGGAUGCACUCUGCAGGUGAUGCAAGACAAAAUCAUAUGCCUUCCUCAAAGGACAUUCUCGCCAAACCAGACAGAGCUGAUGUGCCCACCUCUUUCUACAAAUCAUGAAUCAAUAGUGCCUGUCCAUGAGUUGAAAGGACUGAAGACGAACUUGGAUAUUCAGCAGUAUAAUUACAUAAACCAAAUGUGCUACGAAAAGGCACUGCAUUGGUAUGCUAAGUACUUCCCUUACCUGGUUCUCAUACAUACCGUCAUUUUCAUGGUGUGCAGCAAUUUCUGGUUCAAGUUUCCUGGCUCCAGCUCUAAAAUUGAGCACUUUAUAUCCAUCCUGGGCAAGUGUUUUGACUCUCCGUGGACUACGAGGGCACUGUCAGAAGUAUCUGGGGAGAAUCGUGAGGAGAAGGACAAGAAGAAGAACAGUGCCAGUAGGUCAACCCUUGAUAUUCCAAUUGGCGAGGGCAACCUGGAAAAGACUGAGUCUUUAAGAUCCAUUCCUGAAAAGAUUGUUGUUGACAAGCCAGCAGCAAGUGUCCUUGACAAGAAGGAAGGAGAGCAGGCCAAGGCCUUGUUUGAGAAGGUCAAAAAAUUUCGCCUGCAUGUGGAGGAGGGUGAUAUAUUAUAUAUGAUGUAUGUCCGUCAGACUGUUGUAAAAGUGCUCAAGUUUAUCCUUAUAAUUGCGUACAACAGUGCUCUGGUGUCAAAGGUUAGGUUUAGUGUUACCUGUACUGGGAACAUGCAGGACAUGACGGGGUACCGGUACUUCUGUUGCAAUCAUACUAUGGCCCACUUGUUCUCUAAGCUCUCCUACUGUUAUUUGUGUUUUGUUGGAGUUUACGGACUUACCUGCCUUUAUACAUCCUACUGGCUGUUCUAUAUUUCUCUCAAGGAAUACUCUUUUGAAUAUGUCAGGCAAGAGACUGGAAUUGAUGACAUCCCAGAUGUGAAGAAUGACUUUGCUUUCAUGUUGCACAUGAUCGACCAGUAUGAUCCCCUAUAUUCCAAGAGAUUUGCAGUGUUUCUCUCAGAGGUGAGUGAAAACAAGCUGAAACAGCUCAACCUCAACCACGAGUGGACAGCUGAUAAGCUUCGGCAGAAGUUGCAGACCAACAGCAAUAACAGGCUCGAACUUCAACUCUUCAUGCUGUCUGGUCUCCCAGAUACCAUCUUUGAGGUGACAGAGCUGCAGUCUUUGAAGCUUGAGAUUAUUAAUAACGUUACCAUACCAGCAGCCAUUGCCCAACUAGAGGAUCUCCAGGAGCUUUCGCUUUACCAGUGCUCGCUCAAGAUCCACAGUGCAGCCACCUCCUUCCUCAAGGAGAACUUGAAGGUGUUGCGAGUGAAGUUCGAUGAUGGUCGUGAACUUCCACAGUGGAUGUAUGUGUUGCGAAACUUGGAAGAGCUCCAUCUGAUUGGCUCUUUAGGUUCUGAUGCAUCAAAGAAUGUAACCCUAGACUCUCUACGAGAGCUCAAAGCGCUGAAGACACUGAUGCUCAAGAGCAACUUCACCAAGAUCCCUCAAUCCAUUGUGGAUGUGGCCAGCCAUCUACAGCGCCUCUGUAUUUGCAAUGAUGGCACCAAACUGGUCAUGCUAAACAACCUGAAAAAGAUGGUGAAUCUUACAGAACUUGAGUUGGUGCACUGUGACCUGGAGCGCAUACCACACGCCAUUUUCAGCCUGUCUAAUCUGCAGACAUUGAAUCUGAAAGAGAACAAUCUACGCACCAUUGAAGAGAUUGUCAGCUUCCAGCACCUCUGUAAGCUGACCUGUCUGAAGCUUUGGCACAACAGCAUCGCUUUUAUACCUGAACACAUCAAAAAACUCACCAGCUUGGAGCGCCUCUACUUCAGUCAUAACAAGAUCGAGAUCCUACCUUCACAUUUGUUCCUGUGCAACAAACUCCGUUACCUUGAUCUUUCCAACAAUGACAUCCGUUUUAUCCCACCGGAGAUAGGCGUUCUCCAAAGCCUUCAGUACUUCUCUGUUAGUUGCAACAAAAUCGAAAAUAUUCCUGAUGAGCUCUUCUUCUGUAAGAAGCUGAAGACUCUGAAGCUUGGCAGAAACAUGCUGUCUGUCCUCUCACCAAAGAUUUCUUUCCUAGGCGUACUGACUCACUUGGAGUUAAAGGGUAAUCACUUUGAGUUCUUACCGGCUGAACUUGGCUAUUGUCGCGCCUUAAAGUGCAGUGGACUUGUCGUAGAAGACGUGCUGUUUGAAACGCUGCCUUCAGACAUCAGGGAACAAAUGCAAGCAGAGUGAUGACUGCUUUGCUUUAAUGCCAAAUAUUGUAAUCUGACUCCUUAAGAGGCAAGGCUCCAGGUGUUUCGUCCUGUAGUAUGUAUAGUGAUCUAUAUGGGUGAGUACUUGCAAUUUCAUGUUUAAAGCUGGACUUGUGCUUAAUGGCCUUUUAAUGCAAAAAAGAGAAAUCUAGGGAUGGAUACCUUUUAAUGCCUUACAUUGUAUAUUAUGAAAAAAUAUGCCAUGUAAACAUUCUAAGACUCUUUAUUUAAUUUUCUAAGAUGUUAGAUUUUUUUAUUUUAUUUAAUUUUUUUACAUGUAAAUCAUAAAAGUAGACAACUGACAGGGAUGCAUUUUACAGACAGUGGGAUGCAAUUUCAUUGUAAGUUUUCACUGCAUUUGACUGACAUUUGCUUUCAUAAUCCAUUAAGCUUUUGCAGGUCAAGUACUGUACAACAUGUUUUGCACUGGAAAUAGCGAUAUUAGAAUUUGCACUAGAAACUUUAACAUUCCUUUUAUUUGACUUUUUAUGUGUAUAUAGGACUUUGCAAGGAUUUAAAGCAUGUACAGUAUGAUAGGAAAAUAGUUAAUAUAAACAUAUAUACUAGUAGUAUUUUUUUGUUUGUUUUGUUUUUGUAUUUUUCUUCCUGCAUAUUUACUCUGAUAAUUCUAAAGCUUUUGGAAAGCAGGAUCCUUAUGCAUGUGUUCUCGUGUAGAUUUACAUGUUUUUCUUAGCAUUUCUGUUUUAAUGAUAAGUCUGUCUGUUGUUGGUAGUAGAUCCUGGGCAGAUAAAUGCAACCACAUUUCAGUAUACCUCUUAUGCACUAGAUGUACCAGCUUCAAAUGUCGUAAUAUGCAUUUCUAAAGGGUUUUUUUCUGCUGUGGUUUGCUUAGUUUAAACAGUACUUGACUUCUCUGGUUGAAGACAGAAUGCAAAUGUAGAAGGCAUUUUUCUUACCUUAACUAAGUAUAUACACAUAUUUUUUCUUAUAUACCAACAAUGUACUAUUAAUAGACAUUUAGAUUUAUUCAUCAUAUUAGUCAACAGUAUUUGUCAUUUAAGCUCGCAUUGUACACUGUUUCUAUUUUAUACAAACUAAAAGAAAACAUUUGCCAGAAACAAAGCUCUAAGCAUAUAUACAAAAGCAUUUUACGAAAUGGAUUCUUCUAUAAUGUCUAUAAUAUGGAAAAAAAAAAAAAGAUCUCUCAAGGUGCACUAAGAUAAAUCAGGUAGGUAGUAGCCCUGUCACAAUAACAACUUUUUGUAGUGCAAUAUAUUGUUCCAGAAAUAAUUGCGAUAAACAAUAUUAUUGUUAUUUUAAUUUUAUU